AGAAAGGAACCUUUCCGUUGAACAAAGGACCAGCGUCGAAAGAAAGUACGAUUUUUGAAGCGCGACACAAGUGCGGAAGAUCAGUGUCGUUAACGGCGAUAAACGGUGAAAGAGCUCAAGGGAAGGACUACAGGAGUGAAAAAAUAUGUCGAGUUUCAGGUCAACGAAGAAGAUCGAAAGAUAGGAAAAAGGGGCAGAGUAAUCGUCGCCGUAGGAGAAGAAAACAGGAUCGUUCGAAGGACGCGACCAAGAGAAAAUCAGAAUGUCUCAUCAUAGAGAUGAUGUGCAGUCAUAUACUACCGAAACCUUCAUCUUCAUCACUCAUGUCGAGGCCGACCGGGAAUACUUGAAGAUCUGGGGUCAGCAAGACAUGCACGGUGUAACUUCUAUGGAACGUUCCAUUUAUCCCUUUGUCGGGCAAUUCUCACAAGGUUACGGUCGUCCUUCAAAGUCUAAUCCACCGAUCACUGGUGCCUUGUGCUGUGGCAAAUUUAAAAAUGAUGGCUAUUAUCGGGCAAAGAUACUUGACGUGCGUCCUGAAGGCAUAGUCGUACACUUUAUUGAUUAUGGCAAUACAGAAAUUCUGCCACCGAAGGAUAUUCAUUUGUUGAGUGGUAUACCUGGGUCAGAAUCGCUGCAAUCUUAUCCAGCAAUGGCAACUGAUUUUAUAUUGCUUAAAGUAUUACCUAUAAAUGGUAUUUGGGAAAAUAGAGUAAUAGAGACAAUCAAGAAUAUCUUAUGUUACAAUGAAUAUAGAGCUCUAGUCAGUAACGUAGCGAAUAACCGUUGCUUGAUGAAACUGUGGUACAAUAACGAAGACUUGAGCGAUCUACUGGUCAGACGACAUUUGGCUUUACCAUCUAAUAUGCAGGAUACAUGCAGGAUCAAGUCUUCUUACCAGCAAUCAGAAAUUUUACAAGCACCACCAAUGUAUCAGCAACAAAAUGAAGGCAGCAUGAGUAAUUUUGUGCCGAUGCCAAUGAUGCAGAAUGCAAACGUGAAUCAGAAUGUGCAAGGAAUGUACUGUAGUAAGGCUUCUUCUCCCGGUAUAAAUCAACACAAGUACAUCGUUCCUCAAAUGUCGCCACCUCAAGUUCAAGAAGCACUUGUGUUCAAGUCUCGAGUCUUGGCUGUAGGCAGCAUACACGAUGUGUUGGUAUCAUGCGUGGAAGAUGGUCCGCAGAAAUUUUCCGUACAAGUUCAAAGUACGACAGAUAUACUGAGCCAUCUUAUGAAGGAGAUAAAUAACCGUCCGAAGAAACCGUUGCAAGAACCGCCAUUGCCAGGAUCAGUUUGUCUCGGGUACACAAGGGAGGGCAGAGUGCUGUGCAGAGCAGUUGUGAUGUGCGUGAUGGAACACAAAUGCAAGCUAUAUUACGUCGAUUUCGGCCACACGGAGGUCUUACCGUACACGGACAUCUUUCAAUUACCGCCCGAAUUUAUCAACCCCAAAGUUCUUUCCAUUAGAUUUACAUUGAGCGGCCUAAAGGAACUGAACAUCACGCAAGAGAUGAAAGACUACUUUAAAGAAUUAGUGUCGAGGAAGUUGCUCUGUCUACAAGUCCGUCCACCGGAAGGACCGCCCUUGAUUCAAUACGGUGAUCUUUAUGAUAACGGUGUUAAUAUAAAGGAUAUACUAAAGAAAGCAUUCCCAGUACCAGCUACAGUGCCAAUGAUGUAUUCUUAUCCGCAAUUACAACGAUUGUCGAAGGACGCUCAGGAAGUUGUCUAUGUCUCUUUCGUCGAGUCUUGUAAGAAGUUUUUCGUGCAGCUUGACAUUGGAGCAAAGUCCCUCGAAUCAAUAAUGAUCGGCCUGGCACAGUAUGCUAAAACCGCAUCUGCUUUCAACGUGGCACAAUUAAAAGUGGGAUUACCCUGCGCCGCUUUGUACGACUCGGAAUGGUAUCGUGCUCAAAUUCUUAGCGUUAAUGGGGACAAAGUCAAGGUCGUAUACGUUGACUAUGGAAACGAGGAGACAUUGUCCAUAAUGUCUCUACGCACGAUCCAUGAUGAUUUAGUGACGAAACUACCGGCACAAGCUAUAAAGUGUGCAUUGAAUGGCUAUGAGGUACUUUCACCGGACCAAGAAGUCACCAACCAUUUUGAAAGAUUGACGCUCGAGAAACGUUUUUACAUGAAAGUGGUCGCUUCGCAGCCUAACAGUGUAUUGGUCGAUUUAUUUGAGUUCGAAACGAUGAGGAGCGUUCACCCCCAGCUAUUGAACAAUUUAUUCUGCGACAAGACGGCAGAAAAUUCGACAAGUUCGCAAAAUGGAGAAAUUCAACAUUCUACGAAGACAACGAACUUGCUGCACGAUAUUCAGAGGUCUGGUACGAAUGUUCAAGCAAAUUUGGCUCACCGACAGAGAUUAAAACUGAAAAAUAUUAACGUCGCACGCGAAGACAAAGACAAGUGUAACAAGAGAAAUAAUGCAGAUGCUUGGAAUCGCAAUCAGAACGCCAAAUUCUCUCAAGAGAGCAGAGCGAAAUCCUGGAAAGAGAAACAGACUGUAAACGGUGAAUGGUCUCCAGAGAAGCAAUACGACAACAGGCGUGAGCGAACUUCUCAUUACCAGCGUGAUAAUCCGCAGAACGAUCGUUUUUCUACGAGAGAUGAGACCGGAAACGGUAGAUAUGGAAGAUCAUAUAACAAAUAUGAUAAGGGUGAAAUGGAUACGCCUAACAGAAGCGGCGGUAGAGAAGGCUUUCGAGGUGAUAGGAACAGAUUUCCUAUGAACGAGUCAAGGUUCAGUCGCAACAAUUCUACCGAUAAAGUAUUGAGUGAUAAGGAUUCCGAUACUUCAUCCAAGAGUAACGAUAAUCGUGGGAAAGGCGCUUUUAAUCGUAACAAUCGAGGAGAAAAGCGCGAAAACGGGGUAUUUAACAGAGCGCAAACGGCCAAGUGGAACAACGACAGAAACAACGACAGGUCUGGCUAUAAUAGAAGUGGAAGAGUCAACGGUGACCACAACAUGGGGCGUAAUAAUUCCCAAAUAAAUAAAGAGAAUGAUACAAAUGUCUCGCAUGACAGAGUAAACCGCGAAUCUUUGGAUAUAACGAAUGCUAAUACAGAAGUACAGAGCAAAGUUGUAGCGAAUAAAGGAUCUCAAUUUGCGUCGAUGAGUAUUGCCUCAGGCACUGUGAAGAAUUGUGAAAUAGUUUUUAUUAAUGGUCCGUCAGAUUUCUUCAUCCAAUUAAAUCCGGAAUAUUUGGAAUUAGAGCCAAUUAUGAACAGCAUUGCCGAAACUUACGAGGGUGGUGGAGAAACGAUGCAAGUUUUUGAAGCAAAAUGUGACGAUACGUGCUGCGUCGCUCAAUACGAGGAGGAUCUUAAGUGGUACAGAGCGGUGAUCAAGUCUGUGGAAGGCAAUAAUGCGACUGUGAAGUUCAUCGAUUAUGGCAAUACCGAGUCAGUUGAUUUCACGAAAAUCAAAGUUAUUCGAGAAGAAUUUCUGAAACUACCGAUGCAGGCGGUACAAUGUAGAUUGCUCGGAUUGACGGAUACGGGCGACAGAGAUGCGGAGUAUGCAACUUUCGUGGAAAAGAUUGAAGGUAAAUCGUUGGAAGUCGAAUUUGUCACCGAAGAAGAAAGCGGGGUAUACGAAGUACUGCUACGCGAAGUAGUCGACGGUGUCUCAAGUAUUAAUUAUAUAAAUGAAGAAUUUUGCACGGAUUUAACAAAGGCGAAAGAAAUAGCGUUGAAUAAAGGAGUGAUACCUGCUGGUACGAACGUCGUACAUUCGUCAGCUGCUCCUCCCGAUUAUGCUCCUUUCAAUUUGAAAUGGGAAACUGCUCUAUACGAGCCUGAAUCCAAACAUGAUGUAAUUAUUACGUGGUUUAUAAAUCCUAAUAAGUUUUACUGCCAAACGUUGACCGAGGAAUUCAAGAAGAUGAUGAACGAGAUUCAAAAGUCAUACGCUGGCAGAGAACCUAUAAAGCAUAAAUUAGAGGUUGGUUCACCGGUCAUCGCGAUAUUUUCCGAAGAUAGAGCCCUUUAUCGAGCGGAAGUUGUAAACAAUAAUAAUACACACAAGGGAUACAUAGUCCAGUAUAUAGAUUUUGGAAAUUGUGCGACCGUAAAUCAGAAUAAUAUCUAUCCCGUAGAAAAGAAGUUUAUGCAAUUACCUAGACUAGCAGCACAAUGCACCUUGAAGGACAUUGUACCUAGUAGUAAGAAUUUAAACUGGUCCGAAGUGGAUAACGAUGCUCUCGAUAACUGUUUCAACGGUGAUAAGUACGAGUGUACUUUCCAUAAUCUUAACGGUGAUCAGUACACGAUUUCGUUGAGACACAAUGGACGAGACGUAGGUGAUAUAUUGGUGCAGAAAAAUCUUGCGGCCUUUACCGAAAAACUUCAGCCAACAAAAACUUCAGCUAAAGUAACCAGUGAAGCAGCUAAUAUAGAGGUAACGGCGCCCAGUGAAGUAGAAAGAGUAGACAUAAGUCUCUUGAGUGGCCAAACGCUUAAAAUGAAAGUCUCCGGUGUAGAAAGCACAACUCAGUUUCACGUCCAGCUUCCGUCAGCCGCGAAAUGUGACCGCAUCAUCAAUGAAUAUAUGGCAGACAAGAACGCAGAGGUGAUGCCACGACUGUCAAGCCGCGAGAUGCGUCUUGGCGCGGGUUGUCUAGUCAAUGCAAAUGGAACAUGGAGGCGAGCGGUAGUGAUUAACUGUUCGCGCCUCGUCGGAUCAUUUGACGUAAAGCUCAUUGAUACCGGGGCGUACGAUGAAAUCCUGGACGAUGCACUGGCUCUACCCGGAGCGCUCGCGGUCAUGCAAAAGCAAGCGUUAGAGUGCUCUCUGCGGGAUGUCGGUCCAUCAUCGCCCGACGCAGAUAAACAGCUGAGGGAACUGAUUGAAGGGAAGGAAGUGCUCGUUUUCGUGACGGAAGUCAACGAUAGCAGACUUAUCGUAAAGUUGUACGACCUGAGUGGCAAGGGUAUAAUGAACGAUGGAGUAAUCCCGACCGUGUGCCCUAUGCCUAUACUCAGUUCCACCCACAAAGUGUCCGUGUCGUGUGCUGCGGUACUGCAGAAUCAUUCUGUCCGUAUCUGGAUGCAAUUGCACUCCGACUAUGAGACCGAAACCAAACUGUUGACGGAUCUCCAUCGAUGCUACUCCAAUUCCGCAGGAGAGAGGCUGAAACCAGAAAUGCAUCUGCUGUGCGCGGUGAAAGGCGCGGACGACCGUUGGUACAGAGCGAAGAUCACGAACCUCACGGAAACGACGGCCUACGUCAAUUACAUCGACUACGGCAACACGGAGGAGGUCGCGUUCGAGUUUAUCAUGGCCUUGGAACCGCAGUUUUACGAACCCCACCAACUGGCGACGGUCGCGACGUUAUCCGUCGCUCUAACGGGCACUGAAACUGAGCAAAUAAACAUACUGCAGGCUCACUUAAUAGAUAAAGAAUUCACGGCUGUUUUCUACAACGUGCACAACGACUGGGUCGUCGAGCUGAUCGAGGACGGUGAAAAGCUCAGCGAUAGAUUCCGUUCGUUGAAUCUGACAAAAAAGGAGGAGGAAGAGGUGGCUUCUUCGUUGUCCCAGGAGUCGCCAACUGUUGAGCGGUUCGAUGCGUGCGUGUCCCACGUUGAUUCUCCGAAUCAAUUCUGGUUGCAACGGACGGACAAGAACGCGGCCCUCAACGAGGGUCAGGAGAAACUUCAGCGGGAAGUUUUCAAUUUCCCAGCGAUAGACGGUAUACCGGAAGAGGGCACCUGGUGUGUCGCCAUUUACUCGUUCGACGAUAACUGGUAUCGCGCCGAGGUGUUGGACGCGGACGAGGGCAUCACGACGGUCCGAUUCAUCGACUAUGGCAACACCGACGUCAUCGACAAGCCCGGCCGCAUUCGACAGAUGCCGGACACCUGGAAGAAUAUAGAACGGUAUGCGUUCAAGUGUAGGCUCGAUGUCAUUCCCGUAGGUAUCAUGGAGGAUUGGGAUCAAGUAACCUGCAACAGAUACGGCGACUUGGUGAUGUCAGUCGACAGUCUUCAGGCUGUAAUAGUGGCGGACACUGUGCCGAAACGCGUCGACCUGUUCUUAAACGGCAAGAGUGUCAGUGAGAUAUUGGUCGAAGAGAAAUUUGCCGUUAUGGUUAGCUCCGAGGAGGCCGAACUCGCGGACGAGGAGAUAGUCGACGUCGAACUGGACCCGCAUUCCGCCUUCGUGUGCCACAUCGCCAAUUCGCCGAGUGAAUUCUGGGUGCAGGAGGAAAAAUCGGUCGCCGAUCUGGAAGUGAUGACCGACCGAUUCAUGGUGGCGGAUAUGUUCCCGAGGAUCGACUUCCCGACGGAGGGCUUGCUGUGCGUCGCCAAGUAUCCCGACGACUCGCAGUGGUACAGAGCGCGCGUGCUGUCUCACAGCGACAAUGACGGCACCCGGGUUAUAUUCGUAGACUAUGGGAAUUCGUCCAUAUCCACCGAGAUCCGCGCUCUUCCGGAGGACUUGGCGGACGUGCCGCCUCUGUCGCGAAAAUGCUGCCUAGAGCUACCGCCGCGCGUAAAAGAGUGGUCGGAGGAAGCUUGCAAUAAGUUCAGCGAAUUAGCCGCGGAAGGUGCGACGAUUUUCAUCUUGGACGUGCUGAAGGAGCAAGAGACGUCGACGGUGAAGCUGACGUUGGACGACCAGAACGUGGCCGACAUCUUGGCGAGUUUGUGCGAGCAGCAUUCGCCGCCAGUGAUCGAGGAGAGACUGCCGCCGCUCGGCGAGGAGAACUCGCCGAACGUGGUGGUCAGUCACAUCAACAGCCCGGACGAGUUCUGGGUCCAGGCGGAGAGCAGUAUAAGCGAACUGGAGGUGAUGUCGGAUCGCUUACGAGACGCGCAGAGUUUUCUCACCUUGACUACCUUCGAUGUCGGCACGGUUUGCGCCGCCGUGUAUCCCGAAGACGAGUAUUGGUACAGAGCAAAGAUACUUGCGCGCCGCGAAAAAGGCGCGGAGGUCCUUUACAUAGACUACGGCAAUUCUGCGCUCACGGAGGAGCUGAGAGUGUUGCCACAGGAUAUUGUCGAUAUUCCCAUUCUGUCGAAACGAUGCGCCCUGGAGAAACCGCAUCGCAUAACUGUAUGGAGCGAGCAAGCUUGCGACAAGUUCAAGGAACUCGCCGCUGAAGGGGCCACGAUGUUCCAGUUCGAGACUUUCGACGAGAACGAUCCGAUGCGCGUUCGAUUGAGCUUGAAUGGAACGAGUGUCGUUGAGCUUCUGCAAUCCGAGGACAUCCCGCAGAAAGCGACGACCGAGAAUGUUGCUUCCGCUACAGAGGGACGAGUCGCUGACGAAACAGUCUUUCAGGAGGAAAAUUGUCCGAAUGAAGAGAUUUCAGAUUUCGGUAAGACAACUGAACAAAACCCAACACCUCGUCAGAUUACUCCCGAUAUUAACCUACCUUCUAUUAAUCGGACGGAGCAGAAGUUAGACAAUUUAAUUGACGACAAAGUGAUUGAUAAAUCGUUUGGUGAUGUAGGUGAGGAAUUAGUCCAGGAGCACAUGGUAAGUUAUGAGAAAAUUGCGGAGCUCAACGAAGUUGAAGAAUCUGUGGCGCCUGAAUAUACAUUAGAGGUGAGCGACGAGGUGCCAGGAGAUACUACGCACGCAACAUAUCUUAAAGAACCCACGUCCAUUGUAACAGAACUUAGUGUUGACGAUAUAAUUGGAAAUAUGGUAAGGGACACAACUGAGGAUUCAGAUACGCAAGAAAUCGCUGGCGCAAGCUCGCCAGUUGAGCCUCCUCAAUCUGUCGUUCAAAAUGACGUUAAUGAGCAGCAGCAAGAGCUUGUUACUCAAUCUAUAAGUACAAACGAGCCAUUAGAUUCAUCGGACGCCAAUAAAGAACAGCUGCGGUAUGUCGUCACUCAAGAUGUCAACGAAGAGUUGCUUUCUCAAGUACAAGAUGUAAACGAAUCUGCGUCGCCUGAGCCAGCAAUUGAAAUGACACGAGGGGACGAUGUUACCGAGGAUACAGACUCGAAGGGGAUUCUAUCGGUGAUCAACGAAACGCAGAAUACCGUGAAAUUUGACGCCGAUCAAAUCGAGGAAGAAAAAACCGAAGCGCAGCCUAAUAUAAAUGAGCCUUCAGAACGUCAAGUUCUGGAUACAUUUGCCGAUACUAAAAUUUGGGGUUUGCCGGAAAAAUCUAUAAAUCUUACCAAGGAAUUUCAAAAGCAAAGUCCGGCCGAAAGUGAGUCUUCUGCACACAGAAGCGCGGACAGUUUACAACCCACAUUAAAGAGCGCAAGUACAGACGCUUCUUUGAAAUCCACGGACGCGGUGGUGACGCCACUACCGUCCGUCGUAAUCAAGACUGAUCCGAUCGAGCAGCGUAAGUUGAGUUCGAGAAGACGAUCCGAGGACAAGAUAGUACCCGGGUGUAUCUCCAGGAGUGAGUCACCGGAAGCGGCAGCGUAUUCUCUCACAACAAAGAUGGAGAAGCCAGCAGCUAUAAUAAACACUUUGCAACCGGUAGCCGACUCCGCAAAAGAGGAAGACGACGACGAGAUACUUACCGUUUCUGUAGAAAACAACAUUCCUUAAUGUGGUAUAGUAUAUAUAUAUAUAUAUAUAUGUGUGUGUGUAUAUUGCAAAUUUACGUAAAUUUACGUAAAUAUAUGUAAAUUUGCAAUACGAACGAAAAUGUGUCACUUUGAUAAUCGGGAAGCGUUUCUCACGUUUUUUUCAAGUUAUCUCAAUUUCACGUUUCUUUCUUUUACGUUGCACAUGAAGAUAUAUUUAUACGCGAGAAUAUAAGAUGGUUCUGUUUUUUCUUUUUCUUCUAUUUACGGAUAUAGGUAAGUCGCGUUACUUUUGAAUAUAAGUUGCUACAACAAUGUACACCGAUGCCAUCAGAUAUUUGACCAAAGAUUAAUUCGCCUGGCUGACGAACCGUCAUUUACGUUGUUCUUACGUUACAAGAUAAUACUUGCUAAUGAUAUCGAGAAACCGUUCUCCUAUAAUUCUUACUCUUAAGUUGCCAUUUAACAAUAAAUAUUUCAAGUAUCGCCUUUGAUAUCGCCAUUUUUUUUUUUUUUCAGAUAAACUUUCAAGUAAGAGCUAUUAUAUUUGAAGAAUUUCUUUGCAAAUUAUAUCGGUGAUAUACACAGAUUUACUAAUUACUUUUCAUUUUGACUAAAUAAAUUUGAAACAGUAAAGCGAAAUUUUACUUAUAUGACACAUAAUAAUCAUUAUAUAACAUAACGGCGAUAGUUUUUAAUGUUAAUUCUUAACGAAUAGAAAAUAGUACAAUUACUAAUUACUUUUUGUUUAUGGCGAAUACGCGACUAUGAACAACAGAACACAUACACAGAUGGUUGUAUUGUGUUGUACUGUUGUAUUAUAUUCAUUGUGGAAUUAAGUAAAAAAAAAAAA